AUAGUGCGGAUCGAGUACGCACUUAAAGUCACAACGGCAGGUACGACGGUACAAGUAGUGCAGAAAUAAAGUACAUCGGCAUAAUGCAAAGUUUAGAUAGAAUCGGUCAGGCACCGUACGUGAAGGCGGUAACCAGCCGUAAGGGUCAGACGCACGACAGACCAAGUGCAUCACACUGGAACACGGUGAAGCUGAUCGGCAAUAUUCUACUGGAUAUUUCAACCUUCUUCGUUCUGUUGAUACCGAUUCUGGCCGAUGCCAUUGGUCGAUUGUUUCGAAAAGCGGAGAAAAAAAGCAUUGUAGGCCAAACGGCACUAGUGACCGGUGGUGCGAAUGGGCUUGGAAGAGACCUUUGCCUGCAGCUAGCUAGCGCCGGCUGUCAUGUAGCGGUCGUGGAUUUAGAUGAAUCCAACGGUAAGCAGACGACCGCCGACAUUCGACGGCUGGGAGUGAAAGCACACUUCUUCAAGGCCGAUGUAUCUUCCUACGAAGCCGUGGUGGCCCUUAGGACCGCGGUCUCCCAGAAGCUUGGACCGGUGGACAUUUUGAUUAAUAACGCAGGCGUCCUACCUCUUAUGUCACUUCGAGAGGGCACUCCGAACGAUCUGAGAAAAGUGAUCGAAAUAAAUCUUCUAUCACAUUUGUGGAUGCUUCGAACCUUUUUGAACGACAUGAUCGAGCGAAAACGUGGUCAUAUUGUUGCCAUCGCUUCGAUUACUUCGUACCUGCCAGCCGAACGAAUUAUUGCUUAUGUCGCCUCAAAGUACGGUGUGCGAGGUUUGAUGGGUUCGUUUGCUAGCGAGCUACAUGCCGAAGGGUUAGACGACGUCAUCAAGACCACCACGGUAUACCCCUGCUUCAUUAAAACGCGCCACGAGCUGAUGGAAGCGUUAUCCCAGAUGAGAAUUAAACACCGAGUACCGAUCAUGGAAUCUCACACCGUGGCACGUGCAAUCGUUGGAGCCAUUUUGUACAACAAAAGCAUCGUUUUCUUGCCAAAAGUGAUCGGACCUUUCGCAUGGAUCUAUGAAAAUCUUCCAUCUCCUGUGGCACAUCUAGCAAAAAGAUGCUUCCUAAGAACGUCGAUACCAAACGUAAUGGUCGAUACCAAACGCGACGAGCCCGCGUUUCGAUAACGCUCAGCAGUUGCACAGGUGUGGUUGGGGUGAUCCUUAUCCAGUGUGGUAAACUUAAACAUGCACUCGGUUUACGGUGUUGUAUUCUUAUUCGUAAAAC